AGAAAGUUGAAAUUUUGAAACAGAGAGCUUAAAUGCUUCCACUCUACGAACUGAACUGAAGCAUCCCAGGCGAAGCCCCGAAGUAAAGCGACCAUGCUGGGUUCAUCAGUUCGUACAGUGCGGAAGCUGUGCUCCUCCUCUUCUAUCAGACAAAGAUACCUUACUAGUCGUAGCAGCUUCUUGCUAAAACAAGGAGAUAGUUCUUCUCUCUCAUCAAGCUUCAGCAAAAUCACUCAUUUCUUUAACAAUAACUUGUUGCGCUCUAUUAGAAGAGAUGGAGCAGCUAAUCUUGCAAUAAGUCAGUCUUCAGCCUGCUUUAGUUCAAUUGCGAAUCGUCAUUCUCAGCUGACGGAUGCAUAUUCGGCAAUAGAGUUGGCACUGGACUCGGUUGUCAAAAUCUUUACAGUAUCCAGCAGCCCCAACUAUUUCCUUCCUUGGCAGAACAAGCCCCAGCGGGAAACUAUGGGUUCCGGAUUCGUUAUUCCUGGAAAAAAGAUUCUCACAAAUGCUCAUGUUGUGGCUGAUCAUACAUUUGUACUUGUUAGAAGACAUGGAUCUCCCACCAAAUAUAAAGCAGAAGUUCAAGCUGUUGGUCAUGAAUGUGAUUUAGCUAUUCUUGUUAUUGAAAGUGAAGAGUUUUGGGAGGGCAUGAAUUUCUUAGAGCUAGGAGACGUCCCGUUUCUGCAAGAAGCUGUUGCUGUAGUUGGCUAUCCUCAGGGUGGGGACAACAUUUCUGUUACUAAAGGUGUAGUCUCUAGAGUUGAACCAACACAAUAUGUUCAUGGUGCAAGCCAGCUGAUGGCAAUACAAAUUGAUGCAGCCAUAAAUCCAGGGAACAGUGGUGGGCCGGCAAUAAUGGGCAACAAAGUUGCUGGUGUAGCUUUUCAAAAUCUUUCAGGUGCUGAGAACAUUGGUUACAUAAUUCCCGUGCCUGUGAUUGAGCAUUUUAUAGCCGGAGUGGAAGAAAAUGGAAAAUAUGUAGGAUUCUGUUCUUUGGGUCUGUCAUGUCAACCAACUGAAAAUAUUCAAUUGAGAAAGCACUUCAAUAUGCAUCCUGAAAUGACUGGGGUAUUCGUAAGCAAAAUUAAUCCUUUAUCAGAUGCUUACAGAAUUAUAAGAAAAGAUGACAUAAUUAUGGCAUUUGAUGAUGUGCCUAUAGCAAAUGAUGGAACAGUUCCUUUCCGAAAUAGAGAGCGGAUAACUUUUGAUCAUUUGGUAUCAAUGAAGAAGCCUAAUGAAACAGCUUUACUAAGAAUUUUCAGGGAAGGUAAAGAGCAUGAAUUCAGUAUCACUGUCAGACCUUUGCAGCCACUAGUUCCAGUCCAUCAAUUCGAUAAGCUUCCUAGUUAUUACAUUUUUGCUGGUCUGGUCUUUGUUCCACUCUCACAGCCAUAUCUUCAUGAGUAUGGGGAGGACUGGUAUAAUACUUCACCUCGUCGAUUGUGUGAACGUGCAUUGAGGGAUCUGCCCAAAAAAGCUGGUGAACAACUUGUCAUUCUUUCCCAGGUGCUGAUGGAUGAUAUAAAUGCGGGAUAUGAGCGUCUUGCAGAAUUACAGGUUAAGGAAGUGAAUGGAGUAGAAAUUGAAAAUUUGAAGCAUUUGUGCCAUAUUGUUGAGCGGUGUACUGCAGAGAGCUUGAGAUUUGAUUUGGAUGACGAUAGGGUAAUUGUAUUGAACUAUAGCUCCGCAAGAGUAGCCACUUCCAGAAUUUUGAAACGUCACAGAAUACCUUCUCCCAUGUCCAGAGACCUUGUUGAUGAGCAGAGCGAGUUAGAAAGUGAAAUGGCCUAAAAUCGGCUCCUUAAACUAUUUAUUUGAUAGAUGAUGGUGCCACAAGUUUGGCUGGAUUAUUGUUAAUAUUAUUAUUAACUUCAUUCAUUCAAGUGCCUGUUCGCUAAAA